GCCUAAACAAUUCAAAUAAUAUUUAAAAGGAAGAAUAAAAAUUAAAACGAAAUAUAUAAACCAAUUUUUUGGUGUCGAAAUUUCAAAAAAUCCGCGCGCAUGCGUUCCGUUCGUCUAUCCGGCCGCCGUCACAUUCGAUAGUUUUAUGCAAUAGACGCCAUUCAGUUUUUUUUUUGUUAUUAAUAUUCACAUAAUAUUCAUAAAUAGUUGAUAAGUGAUUUUUAAUCCGUAUUCAGCAACACUUGAACUCUUGCCAUAGACUUAUAAUAAAGACCGGUUUUUUUUUUCUCUCGAAAUAAGCUGUAACUCUAGUGUUAAGGGCAACUGGGGACGCUCAUCUUGGAACCGUCAAAAGGGCUAAAUACAACAUCAACGACCUUCCGGGAGGAGCAUCCUGAAAAAAGAAAAGAAAUCUUCAUGAAAUCGCACAGGAGACGCAUAAGUCACACAUGCGGUCCACAAUAAAUUAAAUGCGCAAGAAACACAAAAGACCGAUGAUUUCAUAACAAAGAAGAUAAUUAGCGCAUAAAUAAUUAAAGAAAUCGCCAUUUGACGAUAAAGAAAAACGUUUUUUCGCAAUAGAACAAGUUUUAUGUUUAUAUCAACAGUUUUUACAAGGAAACAAUAGAAAGAAGAUUUUAAGCAUUUGAUUUCUUUAAGUAUAUUUAAACAACACUGGUUAAUUUUGGAACUUUACGAUUGAUUUCCUUCAGUUUUUUUACACAAACUCUCUAUAUCUAGUGAAAAGUAAUUUUAGUGACUCCGGACCUACGUUUAAGGCUAAGUAUUAUUAAAAAAAAGUUUGGCGAAGAUUUGGAUGUAUUUAGAACAAGUUCAUCGGCCGAUCCCGACUAAACGGAAGAUGGAAAAACACUAAACGAAACAAAAUAUUGUGCCUUAAAUUGGCCUUAAAAUUAUUGUUAAAAUAAGAAGUAAAAAAAUACGCCAAAAAAUUACCAAAAAAAUAAAACAAAAAUACAAAAUUUUAUCUUGUUAAAACGACUUCUACAUUUCUUUAAGAGUACAAAAUUAAAGAUAAAAAUUACGAUUAAGAAUAAGUUCAAUGUUUGCUUUAUUAUACCCGUAAUUUUUUAUAUGAGUAUGUAAAAUUUAAUGGGCUUAAAAGGGCUACAUAGAAAAAAAUCGACAAUACCGUAGUAGAAGACAUAGAAGAAGAUAUACAACUUCAAGAGGGAACAAAAACAUCGAACUCUAUCGAAAACACAGAGAUUGGAUCGAAACAAACCAGACUAGAAUCGAAGGUCCGCGGAGACACCGGGCUGCAGCAGUGAUACCGCGAGAGAUCGCAUGUCCUCGUCGUGACCAUACGUCCGAAACUGGAAUUAAUGUUGAAAUACUUCAAUGAGAACAUAUCCCUAGCGCUGCAGGAGAGGUACAGGGACCUCCAUGAGUAUCGGAAGACGGAAGCGGUAGAGGAGGGUUCACCGAGGGAGGCCAAAGUACCGAAAAUAGCGGAGGAAGGCGAACAGGUCGGCGGCGAGGGCGCCUUUGAGCCGAGCCCUGCGCCGCCGUACGGUCGCCUGCUGGAGCCUCCCAAGGAGGAGGACAGCUUCGUCGCCAGCUGGUUGCAGAACUCGUUCAAGAUGACAGCAGCCGAAGCUAGUGGCGAGGCAGCCGCGGCUGGCAGCGCGCUGGACCUCAGAGCCGCGCCGCUGUCUCUCCACAUCCCGACCUUGCAGCCGCCUGAGCCGCAGCGCUUCAAGAUGCAAGACUUCUGGAGUCGCAGCCGGCCAGCCUCCCCACACGAACCCAUGGAGGCCCACAACCAGCCAGGCCCGGCGCCACCGACCCCACAGCCGCCAGCCACUCCAGACCACAAGAUGAUCACUGAAAAAUUAGUCAACGAAAUACAGCAGCAACAGUCGCCGUCAGCUGAUUCUACGAUGAGCGAGAGAUCGCUUGUUCCGUUUGCACUGCCCCAACAACAGUCGCCAACGACGGAUGGGGCGCCGCUCGGAGACCGCGCCGCCAUGUUGCCGUUCGCUUUGGUAAAUUUCCUCAAUAGCCUGAAUAUCGAUCAACAAGCGAGAUCCGGACAGAGCAUUAGCGAGAGAACGCUGGAGGAAUGCUGGUCGACACUUCAGCGAAUAUUCAUGCACAAAAGCGCCAUGCAGAUGCACGCCCGGGAGCUCCAGCGGGGUCUGGGGGGCGAGGUGAAGCCCCACCAGUGCCAGCAGUGCCUCAAGUCGUUCAGCUCGAACCACCAGCUGGUCCAGCACAUCAGGGUCCACACGGGCGAGAAGCCGUACAAGUGCUCCUACUGCGACAGGAGAUUCAAGCAGCUGAGUCACGUCCAGCAGCACACGAGGCUUCAUACAGGCGAGCGGCCAUAUAAAUGCCAUCUACCAGACUGCGGGCGGGCCUUCAUCCAGCUAUCGAAUCUGCAGCAGCACCUCCGGAACCACGACGCCCAGGUCGAGCGGGCCAAGAACCGGCCUUUCCACUGCAACAUCUGCGGCAAGGGCUUUGCCACGGAGAGCAGUCUGAGGACCCACACGGCCAAGGAGCUUCAGCUGCACCUUGGUGUUUUGCAGCAACACGCGGCUCUCAUGAUAGGUGGCGCCACUGCCACUCCGUGCCCAAUAUGCCACAAAGUUGUGUUCGGGGGCGAAGCCCUAGUUGAACACAUGAAGAAUACACACAAGGACCCGAACGCGUCCGGCGUUGCCAGUCCUCCUGCGACAUCACCGUACCCAGCUCAAACUAAACCUACUGAUCCUUAUAUAGCCAAGCGGCGGACCGCGAACCACCCGUGUCCUGUCUGCGGUAAACAUUACGUCAACGAAGGGUCCUUGAGGAAGCAUCUGGCCUGUCAUCCAGAGACGCAACUCACCAGCGGCCUGCGCAUGUGGCCUUGCUCCGUCUGCCAAGCUGUGUUCACGCACGAAAGCGGACUGCUGUCCCACAUGGAGCAUAUGAGGAUGGAGCCUAAGCACCAGUUCGCGGCUCAGUACGUGCUGUCCCGCGCGGCAGCCGAGCGCCGGGAACGAGACAUCCUCGCGGCAGUGUCGGCCUCCGCUGGAGGAUCCGGCCUCCUCAACCUCGCGCCGCCCUCCCCCGCACACUCAGACUCCUCGUCUAACGGGCGACUGUCUUCAUCAGCCGGCUCCGAAGCCGGAGCGGCUGUCAACAAACUCUCAGAUUUAUUGCGCUCGGCGAACAACGGGCAUCAAGCAUACGGAGACGAGAGGGUCGCGGCCAUCGCAGCGGCCGCAGCGAACAUGAUGGCGCAGCCCGGGGAGGGGCCGAAUGCGGUACAGGUGGCCGCCGCGAACCUCGUGUCGGCCAUGAGGCAACAGCUCGCCCGGGAGCCGCCGCCGACGCAGCCCCCCGCUGAUAAUCCACCCGCGCCAUCCGAAGCCGCCCUCAGGAUCCAGCAAGCUGAAGCCCUACUGCGGAGUCAGGCCGAGGCGCUGCGACUGGCCGUCUCACAGGCUGCGCAGGCGCAGGCGCAGGUCCACGCCCCUGAGGCCGUCAGUCCCUUGAGACACAACGGAGGAUUCCCACCGCAGCCACCGAACGACGCGACUGGGCAGCUGUCCCCAGAGCUGGUCGAGGCGUUCCGGAUCGCGCAGGAACAGAGACUGGAGCAGGCGCUGCGGCUGCACGACCCGAGGAUGUUGGGCUUCAACCUGCCAUCGCCCGUGCAGCAGGCGGCACAGCAGGCGGUCGCGGCACAACAAGCCGCGCAGCAAGUCGCACAAGCCGCCCAAGCCGCCCAGGCCGCCCAGGCUGCCCAGGCUGCCCAGGCCGCCCAGGCCGCCCAGCACGCGGCCCAGCAAGCCGUCCAACAACAACACAUGCAGCAGCAAGCCGCCCAGGCCGCCCAGCAAGCAGCACAACAAGCUGUCCACCUCCAACAGAACCCGCAACCAUGAAAAUUCACCUAUUACUAAUCCGACGCGAUUUCAAUACAUCCAAUAGUAGUUAGUGAUUUAUGGAAUAUACAAGACUAAGUAUUAAUUUUGCGAACGAAAAAUAAAAUAACAAAUAUAUACAUAUGUACAUAUAUAUAUUUCCAUAGUAUUUUUAGAACGAAACAUUUAUUUGGUCGAUCGGAGCAUAAAUCGAAAUCGCCUCUGGUUAGUAAUCGAUUUUAUUAAGUCUACGAUUUUAUUCAAUUACAAUCGCCAUACAAUCGAAACAAAAUCGUUGAGUUCACUUUGACAUAAAAUAAAGAAAAUUCAACAAACGUAAAUAAUUGAUUAUAUGUUUAUACAUAUAUAGCUCUAACCGUUGUAUAUAAAGGAGUUAGCGGAAACAAUUAAUGUAAUGUAAAUAAUAAAUAAAUAUAUAUGUAUUAAAAGUAAAAUUGACAAAAAGAAUUAUGAAAAGGAACAAAAACUCGCCCGAACAAUUUAGAUAUAGUCCGACUUCAACAAAGGUUUGUAUGAUUAGUGCAAUCUUUUUAAACAUAAUUAUAUUGUUUAUUUCUUUUCAUUGUAUUUUACACUUUGUUUUUCGUGUUUAGUGCCCUUAGUGCUAAUUUAUGAAGUGCCAAAACUGUUUUUAAGCACUCUCUUUAAGCACCGGACGGAGCUUUGCGAACACGUAAUCGACGAUUGGUAGUUAAAAAGUUUUUUUUUUGUUUUUUUUUAACUUUUUCAUGCAAUAACACGUCUUAUGCUAGUCACAUUUUGAAGCGCGCAUAUAUUUAUUUUCAUAUAAAUAUAAUA